AUGGAAUCAUUAGACCAGAUUUGGGAAGAGCUUCACAGCCAUAAUGCCGCUGAAAUGAUUAUCCCUUUAGACUCUCCAAUAAUGCUACCAAACCCCUACUCCAACGAAGAAUAUUCCCUCACACAUUAUUUUCAACAAUCCACAAAUGCUUUUAUAGGAAAAGACCUCGGAAACAACCAAUUUCACAUAAAAAUUUUACCAUGCUCUUCUUUUGACCAUGUAAAAAUUAUCCAUCACAACCUUAAGCUGCUGCGGCAAAACAGCCAGGCAUUAAAACUGGUAGAAAUCAAAGACAUUUUUGAGUACAAAGAAGAAGGAUAUUGAAUGGUAAUCAUCGUUAACGAGCUAUUAGACGGUUAUUCAUUAGAUGAGUUCACUAAUUUAAUAGCUCAGCAUGAAAUCCAAAGCUCUUUAUCUAAAGACACCUGCAUAUGAGUAUUCCUUACUAUUCUAGAUAUAAUAGAAGAAGCCGAUAAAGUUGGGAUUUUACUAGGAAGUUUGCUACCAGACAGUAUCAUUAUUUAUAAAAAUCCUGAUGAAAAAAAUAACCCUUAUGGAGUAAAAAUUUCUGUGACUAGCAAGCAUCCUUUAUUUUGCGGAAAAUCAAAAUUGGAGCAUUUGUACCCGCCUCAAGCCAAAAGAAAUUUAAUUGAUGGAGAAAUUUGGGGUGCUGGAAUUUCAUUGUAUACACUUAUAGGGGUAAAAAAACUUAAUGAAAUUCCGCCACUGAGAGAGCUAGAUGAAGAAGCUAGGUCUGGGCAGUUACCGAUAAAAUUUAACGACCCAGCACUAGAACACAUAUUAAAAAGGACUUUUAAAGAUUCUAACGCCCAAUCAAUUUUCACACACAGCUUUGUAAAAGUCUGAAAAGGGCUUUUUAACAAUGACCCAAGCCUAAUCGAGCCUAUUUCUUUUAAUGAGCUUCACGUCCUUAAUUCUGGCCUAUUAUUUGAUUCAGAGCUAGCUCGGUCUCUCAGCAUUAAAAAAAUCCUUGAAAUCGGAAUUGAAAACAGUUCUCAAACCUGCCAGUAUCUUAAUAAAUACGAAAUCCUCAACCAUUUCUUAAAACUCUGCAUAAGUUUUGACUGAAGCAACCAUUUAAAUCUGCUUGACUCUCUUUUUCUGAUAUCUGGGAACAAGCUAUCAAGCCAGACCUUUAAAGAAUUUUUGACAGAAAUCGGCUUUCUUUCCUUAAUGCCUUUAACAAUGGCUCAGGAAGUCAACCAAUACACAAUUAGCAAGUUUGUAGAAAAUUUCAUAGGAAAUAACACCCUGACAAUGCUGCAAAUAAUAAAAGACUGCAGGAUGGCUGAUAAGAUUUUGACCAAAGCUACAUGGAGAAGAGAAAAUCCAAAGCAUGAAGAAGACGAAAAAUUCAUUAGGUCGACCAUGCCUUUUUAUGGACCAAACUCUAUUGAAAUUAUUGAGUCUGCGUACAAUAUUUUGGGAAUGAACGAAAUUGCGACUAUUGAAGCUCUACAUGAAGUCCCUUUUUAUUUUAAGCUGGAAAACUGUGAAGCACUUAUAAAAAUGCUGCAUGGAGUUGUGAAAAGAGGCUUGAAAAACCAAAAAAAUCAAGAAAAUAUUACCUAUAUGCUGAAAGAGGUUGUACUUAUAUUAGGAGAAAUUUUAAUCCUGCCGAGUUUACUGCAAAAUCACCAUGUGAAAGGAGCAUGCAUAAGCCAUGAUAAAGAAAAAUAUUUUUCGUAUUUAGGGAAAAAUCCUUUACUUUUAGAAUGCUUACUCCUCAGUAACAAAAACAUUGGAAAAAUCCGUAUUCUUUACCUCCAUGAAUGCGAAAAAUAUUUUGGCUCGUUAAUGGAGAGGGGAUUUAGAGUGUGGAGGGUCUUAUUGCACAAUUUGUUAUUUAAUUUGUCAUAAAAACCAUAGGCGGCGUUUUUUACAUUAUAACCAGCCUCAUUUUAGGUGUUCUUGCACACAAGAGCAUGAAGGAAAUAACAUUGACCCAGCCCAAUUUAUUUUGCCUGUAUAUCGGCAGCAGUUUUCAUUUGAGUUAUCAGAUGGUACAACCCAGACCACAAAUAAUUUUAAAUCAGAUGGACAUCUAGAAAUUAAAACAGCUGAGCCAAUUGCAAAUAAUUGGAAUGAACUGCAUAGAGGCGUUGUUGCUUAUUUUGAGGUAAAAAUAUUGAAAGCAGGGAGCAAUGAAGAUAUUACUAUAGAGCUUAAAGGUUCAGGGUUUGCUUAUCAUAGCUUGACUGGAGUUAUUACUAAAGACUCUAUAGAAAUAUCUAAAGGGCCAAGAUUUGGGUCAUAUGAUACUGUAGGAAUGGGACUGACGAGCCAUCAUAAAUUAUUUGUGACCUUUAAUGGGCUUAUUGUGCACCCUCUGCUAGAUUUUGAUAGCAUUGUGGAGAUCAGGCCAUUGGUUGUUAUAAAUGGGACAGGGUAUGAGAUAGAAAUUAAGCUAAGAAAUUGAAUGUUUUGCUCAGCAGAAAAUGUAGGGCAAGAAGGAUAUUCUAAUGAACUGUUUAAGCUGUGUGAGCCGACAUUGGAGAUGCUUUGUAAACAAAUCAAUAGAUUGAAGAAGAAAAAUAGUGAUAGCGGCACAGUAACGCUUCAUGAAAUGUUUAGAGAAGUUUUGGAGACUUUAAAGAGACCUGCUCUAUUGAAAAAAUUGAAAAAAUAA